AUGUCCCAUUCCCACCCUAUCUUACCUACUAAACCCAUCUCCCUUCCUUACUCCCACUUCUCCACUUCACCCAUUGCACCUUACGCUCCCACCCUCAGAGCUAAAGUUAUCCCCCAUCUACUCAUCCAAUCCCCACCUAUGGCUUCAUCGGUCAUUGGCAGGAGGCUAGAGGGAUGCACAGAGGUGGUGAUGCCUGUCGGUGGGAAGGUACCAAUAACCCUCACAGUGUACAAGGAAGUAUUGGAAGAUAUCGGUGUUGGGGAGGGAAUAGAGAUCAGUAUAAUGAACCAGUUUAUCAACAGCUUUAGUUUAAAUCAUUCCGUGCUCGGCUUACUCCCAUUGGAGCCAGUGAUCGAGCCACCUUCCACCUCUGUCGCUACCUCAAGGUCCACUACCCUAAUCCUCGACCCUUUGACAGCCUGUCCCACUCAAAAUAUUUUGUUCAAAAAUCUUAUACCGUCAGGAUCCCCUAUUGCCUUUUUAACCGGUAUCGAUGUAUUCUACGAAUGGGUUGUGAACAGACCUAACAGUCCUAUUAAGCGCAAUCAGCGACUUCAGGGUGAUACGGGAAAAGAAGCUGAGGAGGAAGAGGAGGACUUAUUGCUCAUCGAUGGGGCAAAGGAGACUGAAAACUCUAUCUCUCGGCAUGAUGCGUUUGAGUUGCAAGGAGUUCAAGUUGUGCCCUCCCUAUCCCAUCAGAAUGAAACUCACGAUGCUUGGCUUCAGACUCAGCUGGAAUCGUCCAUCGAUAGAUUGUUCAGAGAGCAGUUUAUCCGUCGCUUCCCACUAAUAUUCGACGGUGGUUUAUUGAAAUACUCAUCUGCACUUCAUGUUCCUCGAGGUAUUCCUAGCGCUCUAACUCAAUUACUACACCUGUCAAAUAUGUACAACACCCCUCUUGCGAAGGAGAUGAAAACGCUCCUCAAGCCCAUCUCGCAACACCAAGAACAAAGGCUAUAUACCACGGUAAGAGAAGCUUCAGAUCUUCAAGCGAGAAAAGGCAAACGAAAAAGCCAUUCUCAAAGUCAAGCUCAGAACCAGAUUCAGGAAGGAUCUUCAAGUCUAAGUAAAAAGAAGAGAACGUCUGAUCCGCCAACAUCUCCUUCCUUCGAGCUUGAUAUGGAAUCUAUGGAUCCUUCCGACCGCUGUCAUGCUUACCUACAGCGGGUGAUGCUUGAACGAAGAGAAUGGGAAGAUGAGGGGGGUAAUAAGACGGAAAAGAAGUUGAAACGGAUUAUAGGCGAUUUGUUUGGAGAGAUCGGUCGAUCCAGCUUUGAAAUCAAGAGGAGAAAGGCGGGAAAGAUGUCAUACAGUAGAGUUCAGCUGGUUCACAGCGCCGCAGAAAUCGCGAAAGAGAAUUGUUUGGCUCUCACCUCACAAUCUCAUAGCAAUCACCAGACACCGUUAUUUGUCGCUGAUUCCCACACUGACAUGGACGAGUCUGGAGAGGACCAAGAUGCUACUGAUUACUUUUCUGAUGACGAACUCCUAAUCGACCAGGAUAGUGCCUACGAACCAUACGACGAGGAUGAUGAGCUCUUGCUUGAGAUUCCAGUCCGCCAAGAUGAGUUGUUGGAUCGAGAUCAUGAGAAUGAUGAUGACGAUGAUUUGUUACUGAUUGAAGAGGAUUUCGAGCGAUACUUGAAGGAGGAAGACGAGAUGGAGUUAUUGAUCGAUAAAGAUCGAGUAGAAGAAGCUGAACUUGGCGUGGACGAAAAGAAAAUGAAACUACCUGCUGGCGAUGCUUUCAUGGUCGAUCCUAAUCAUUUCGACAAACCUCAACAGAAUGGUCGCCUCGCCUCCACUCAACCCGAUAAAUUCCAGAUGACAAAUCAUCUGGACAUAUCGGCCAAUGAUGCCAUCAUAGGCAGUACCGGAGGUCGCUACUAUGAUGGAGAAGAGAGUGGGAGUGUUCUGCCAGCCUCUAAAGAUAAGUAUGAUCAUCUACCCGGGGACUGCGGGGAGCUAUCAGGUACUGUCUCGUUUGAAAUAGGGGGAGAUGCAGAGGAGAGUAGCGAUGAGUUGUUGAUUUGA